AGCUGAGUUACCCCGAUGGGAGGAGAGGCGAGGGCCGAGGGGUAUAAAAGCAAAUUAAAAAAAAAAGGAGGAGAAGGGGGAGAGGCCUCGCGUCGCGUCUCCCACGUAUCGUGGUCCGCGAAACCCGAGUGGCCGGAGAAGCCGAGGCGAGGCGAGGCGGUUGCCGUGGCGGGCGAGUGACAUCGUCGUCGUCGUUGUCGUCGUCGUCGUCGUCGUCGCGCGCCCCACGAACCCUAUCGGAUCGGGAUCGGGAUCGGAGAGGAGAGGAGAGGGUAUGGACGAAGCGGCGGCGGCGGAGGCGGUGCAGCUGAUCGACGGCGAGGGGGAGUUCGCGGCCGACUCCGCGGAGCGCUUCAUGGCGGCCGCGGGCGUCGCCGGCUGCGGCCUCUCCUACGCCGUCGUCUCCAUCAUGGGACCCCAGAGCAGCGGAAAGAGUACGUUGCUGAACCAACUCUUUGGAACUAAUUUUAGGGAGAUGGAUGCGUUCAGGGGAAGGAGUCAAACUACCAAAGGUAUCUGGAUAGCACGAUGUGUUGGUGUUGAGCCGUGUACUGUUGUGAUGGAUUUGGAGGGUACUGAUGGAAGAGAAAGAGGAGAGGACGACACUGCAUUUGAGAAGCAAAGUUCGUUGUUUGCUCUUGCAAUUUCAGACAUAGUUCUAAUUAACAUGUGGUGCCAUGAUAUUGGCCGGGAACAAGCUGCCAAUAAGCCUCUUCUAAAAACAGUAUUUCAGGUCAUGAUGCGUUUGUUCAGUCCCCGAAAGACAACACUAUUAUUUGUUAUACGUGAUAAAACCAGGACUCCACUUGAGCAUCUAGAACCAGUUCUGAGGGAGGAUAUUCAAAAGAUAUGGAACUCUGUUGCUAAGCCAGAGGCGCACAAAGACACCCCUAUCAGUGAAUUUUUCAAUGUGCAAGUCACUGCAUUGCCCAGUUUUGAAGAAAAAGAAGAACAAUUCAGAGAGCAGGUUCAACAACUUAGGCAGAGAUUUUCAAAUUCAAUUGCACCAGGAGGUCUUGCAGGUGAUAGAAGAGGAGUGGUUCCUGCUUCAGGAUUUUUGUUUAGUUCACAACAGAUUUGGAAAGUUAUACGAGAGAAUAAGGAUCUUGACCUACCUGCUCACAAGGUAAUGGUUGCUACAGUUCGAUGUGAUGAAAUUGCACACGAAAAGUUUUCCUGCCUAACCUCAGAUGCAGAAUGGAUGGAAUUGGAGAGUGAUGUGCAGUCAGGUCCAGUACCUGGUUUUGGAAAAAAACUUGGCUAUAUUGUGGACGUCCACAUGCAAGAGUAUGACAAAGAAGCCAUCUAUUUCGAUGAAGCUGUUAGGACAGCAAAACGACAACUGCUGAAAUCCAGAGUACUGAAUCUUGUCCAACCCGCAUUCCAGAAAAUGUUGGCUCACCUGCGUACGAGGGCUCUUGAAAAAUAUAAAACUGAACUUAAUCUUACUUUGGAGAGUGGAAAAGGUUUUGCAGCAGCUGUUCGAGACACUACUGAAUCCAAUCUCAACGAAUUUGAUCAAGGGUGUGCAGAUGCUGUAAUCGAGCAGGCAGACUGGGACUACUCUAAAAUACUAGAGAAGGUUCGGCGCGAUGUUGAAGACCACACACUUUCAAUUCGUGAAGGCAAGCUAUCAGAAUUGACAAAUCAUGCUAAGGAGAAACUAAGAAAAGCACUAGUUGAACCUGUAGAGUCUCUUUUCGAUGCUGCAGGCCCUUCAACCUGGGCAUCAAUAAGAAACCUUUUUAAACGAGAAACGGAGGCUAUCCUGCCAGAGUUUCAGAAAAACCUUGCUGGGUUUGAAAUGGAAAGUGCAACGUCAGAAGGAAUGGUAUCAAAAUUAAGGGAUUAUGCCAGAAGUAUCGUAGAAAAUAAAGCUAAAGAAGAAGCUGGCAAAGUUUUGAUUCAUAUGAAGGAGAGGUUUACAACGGUUUUCAGUCAUGACAAGGAUUCAAUUCCGAGGGUCUGGACAGGGAAGGAAGAUGUCCGUGCAAUAGCAAAGGAUGCUCGAUCUGCUGCUCUCAAACUUCUUUCUGUAUUGGCUGCCAUUCGCUGGGAUGAGAAACCGGAUAAGAUCGAAAAAAUCCUCACUUCCACACUCCUAGAUGGUUCUGUUACACCGAAGUCGAAGGGUGCAAGUGCUUCUAGUGAUCCACUUGCUUCAACUACUUGGGAAGAAGUUUCUCCAAAGUAUACCCUCAUCACUCCUUCUCAAUGCAAGUCACUGUGGAAGCAGUUCAAAGCAGAAACUGAGUUCGCCAUUACACAAGCGGUUUCCACGCAGCAAGCUCACAAGCGCGGCAAUGGUAGGCUGCCUCCUCCUUGGGCCAUGGUGGCAAUUGCAGUUCUUGGGUUUAAUGAGAUCAUGACGCUUCUUAGGAAUCCCAUAUAUCUAUUCUUGCUAUUUGUGGGUUAUUUGCUGGUCAAAGCUUUAGCAGUGCAGCUAGAUAUCAACAGAGAAUUCCAAAAUGGCGUGGUUCCUGGGAUCAUCUCUGUUACAGCAAAACUAAUCCCCACACUACAGAACAUUCUAAACAAAGUUGCAACAGAGCAACAACAACAGCAAGGGCAUCACCAAGAUGCUGCUGCAGAAGCUCCACAGCAACAGCAGCAACCACAGCCGCAGCCACCUCCUCUACUCCUGAGCCCCAGAAGCCCAAUGAGCGAACUGCGGAGGCCGCUGCACAUGCCAUUCAGCCCGGUGCGCAAGGCGGUAUCGCCUUCGCCAUCCUCAUCGUCUUCCACCGUUACAUCGCCCAGGAACGCUGGUGAAGACCAGAAGCCCAGGCAAAUGGUACAGCCUGACAACGAAUCCAACAAUGCUUACUCUAUAGUUUGAUGAUCUUGGGUGUUCAGGGUCAGCUGGUGGUUUAUACUGUCCAACUGGAAAUUGGAAGGUAUGAGCAUUUCGUUGUCCUCAUUUGAAUGCAUAGGUACACUGAUUGCAGCAAUGAUCCAUCGUCAGUAGGGUAUCAAGACAGAAUAAUUCAAAAUAUUUUGUCUCGCAAAAUUUUGUAAGGAGGGUGGUUAAUCUGUAGAAUGGACAGAACAAUUGCUACUGAACACCAUUUAUCAGCAUGUAUAUAGGAAAGAUUCAACUGCAAUGCCUAGGAUAUGGUCAAUCAAAAAGAAAAAAAAUAUAUAUAUACUUCUAAUGCCACUUGGAUAAAAUAGCACAUGCAAAGGUUUGUUUCCUUUCAAAA